AUGGGUGCCUGCAUCUCAAAGGACGUCUCUGAUAACGGUGCCGUCAAGACCACAUCAUCAGCGUCCACAGCAGGCGCAGCUGCGGCAAAAGAUGCGGCACCCAUGGCCACAUCAGCGCAGCCCGAGCCUGCAAACAGCUGCGCCUGUGCCAAGCCGCGAUGCGCCGACGGCGCCGCGGAGCACCUCUCGCUGCAAGCCGAGCCCCACGACAGCCUCAAGCCGCCGCUGGCGCGCGUGUACAGCAGCAGCACGACGCCGUCGCGCUCUUCGCUGCGCCCCAGCAUGGACGGCGGCGGGAACGCGGCCAACGGCUGCGGCGCGGCCGCGGCCGCGGCCGCGGGCGGCGGGCUCCUGUCAGGAGGCAGCCUGACAAGCAGGUCGCACAGCAGCGAGGGCUCGGGGCCGCUGCCCCGCGUGCGCUUCGCGCCGGGCGCGGCCGCGAGCGACCCGCGGGUGUCGGGAGAGCGCCGCCGCACCCACGAGCUGGCGUGCUCUGAUUCUGUGAGCCUCAAGAAAAUUGUGGACGUGUUUUAUGAAAAGGUGCGGCCGCGCGGCCGCGGCGCGCUGCCCGCGCCGGCGGCGCGUGCGGCGCGGGUGAUGGGCGACGCCCGGCUGUCGCCCUUUUUCAAAAGCGUCGACAUUUCAAAGCUCAAGUCCCACCAGGUCACCUUCAUGGCUCUGGCGUUUGGCGGCAAGCAGCUCGUCACAGACGAGCACCCCGCCCUGAACCUCAGGCGCAUCCACUGGCGCCUCAUAAAAGACAGCGGCCUCACAGAGCAGGACUGGGAGUGGUUUUUCGAGCACUUCAAGGCGACCCUGGGGGAGCUGCCUGAGAUACCCGAGGAAACCAAGGCCGCAGCAGUCGCGUCCGUCGCGGCGACGCGCGUCUACUUCGCGCCCAUAACUGAUGAUGAGGUGGCAAGCGGGGCAUACGCGCUGGCGCCCGCGCCGGGAGGAGCGGCUGCCCCGGCGGCGGACGGCGGCGGCGGGGCGGACGCGUGCACGGUUGCGGGCGCCGCGGGCGGGGAUGCGGCGGCGGCGGGCGUGGCGGUGGUGUGA